CUACAUUUAUAUCGCAGCCGCCGUUUGCAUUGCGUCACCUCGCUGCUGCCCUUUUGAAUUGAACCGCUCGGUGUCUGUGGAAUACACCUGUAUUGGUCCGCAUCGCCCGUCGCCGACCCUUCCUCUCUACCCUGCCGUCUUUUCCAAGGACGGUCCCAGGAGCCCUUCAAGCUGGCUCUUAGCGCAGGAGCAUCGGAGGCAGUGGCUUCCAAAAUGACCCAGCCAAACGCUAUCGAUGAGGAGGAUUACGACUAUGAGUCGCUCCCGCCCAACUUCUCGCUCAUCCAAAACAUGGCCGCCGGCGCCUUUGCUGGCAUCGCCGAGCACUGUGCCAUGUAUCCCAUCGAUGCUGUUAAGACCCGUAUGCAAAUUGUGAACUCGAACCCUUCUGCGGUCUAUCAUGGCGUCAUCCAGAGCACCUAUCGAAUUGCUUCGACCGAGGGCAUCUUCAGCUUGUGGCGCGGCAUGUCCAGCGUCAUUGCCGGAGCCGGCCCUGCGCACGCCGUUUACUUUGCGACUUACGAAGCGGUCAAGCACUUGAUGGGCGGUAACAAGGUUGGCGAGCAUCAUUUCCUCGCUGCUGCCACUAGCGGUGCUUGCGCGACCAUCGCCAGUGAUGCCCUGAUGAACCCCUUCGAUGUGAUCAAGCAGCGCAUGCAGAUCCAGAACUCCGCCAAGAUGUACCGCUCCAUGCUCGACUGCGCCAAGUAUGUUUACCGGAACGAGGGUCUCGGGGCUUUCUACGUCUCGUACCCCACCACGCUGUCGAUGACCGUCCCUUUCACCGCGCUUCAGUUCCUAGCCUAUGAGUCGAUAUCAACCUCGAUGAACCCCACCAAGAAGUACGACCCAGCGACACACUGCCUUGCUGGCGCCGUAGCUGGCGGCUUCGCAGCCGCGCUUACGACGCCUAUGGAUGUGAUUAAGACCAUGCUGCAGACCAGAGGCGCGGCUCAGGACGCUGAGGUCAGAGCCGUGAACGGCUUUGUGGCGGGGUGUAAGCUGCUGUACAGGAGAGAGGGUGUCAAAGGCUUCUUCAAGGGCUUGAAGCCCAGAGUGUUGACCACCAUGCCGAGCACGGCCAUCUGCUGGUCGGCAUAUGAGGCGUCUAAGGCCUAUUUCAUUCACCAAAACAGCCAGUCAUGAAAUGCGGCUGACCUACGGAGCGGAAGCCAUUUGACAAGCCAGGAUCAGCAAAACUCGACAUCCUCGGAUAUUCAUGCACGGCGUUAGAGGAUAAAAGAAAGAGACUGCCUCCAUUCC